AUGGGACUCAUGAAGAUUGCUGCAAGUUUGCAUUCUAAUAGCGUCAGAAAUGUGGAGCAGCAUAAGAAACAUCUUACGGAAGUAUUUAAUAGAAUUCAACAGUAUGGCCUACGCAUCAGCCUAUGGAAAUCAGUAAUGGGAGUGAACGUAUUAGAAUUCUUGGGAUAUUUCAUAACACCAAAUGACUCAAAACCUAUUCCAGAAAAAGUGCAGGCCAUAAUGGAUGAUAAACUUAAUGAAAAUCUUCAUAAACUUCAAAUAAACCUACGGCCACGAUCUGCUACAACUGUUCCAGAUUUCAGCACUCAGCUAGAAACUGUCAUGCGAAGCCCAGAUGCAUCAAGUGUGAAGGAAGCCACCCGACAAGAGAAUGCCCCAUCCAAGAGAAAAUCAACAACCCUACCUGUAUUAACUGCAACUCUCCUGGACACCUAG